AUGCGUCCCGUUUCAGUUACCAAUGCCUUCGUUUUUGGCCUCCUGGGCUUGGCCCCCAUCACUACCGGCCUCUCUAUUCCUGGGUCAACAGAUAUGGAGCGGCGAUAUGUUGGUUCCGGUGCAGCUCUAGCUACCAAAUUCGUACGCUCCAUUAUGACGGGCCUUGAAGCUCGCCACCACACCGAGGCCCAAAUCGCCGCUAAGGAGGCUGCUGCCAAAAAAGGAGGAAAGAAGCAUCAAGCCCGGGAGGCUGAUGUUCCCGAAGAUGAUGAGUUUGGAUCAUGGGUCGACAAGCGCGAACCUCAUCACACUGAGGCCCAGAUCGCCGCCAAGGAGCAGGCCGCUGCUAAGAAAGGAGGGAAGAAGCAUCAAGCCCGGGACGCUGAAAAGCGCGAACCCCACCACACCGAGGCGCAGAUCGCCGCUAAGGAGAAGGCUGCCGCCCAGAAAGGAGGAAAGAAGCACCAGGCUCGGGACGUUCCCGAAGAUGAUGAGUUUGGAUCAUGGGUUGACAAGCGCGAGCCUCAUCACACCGAGGCGCAGAUUGCCGCUAAAGAAGCUGCUGCCAAGAAAGGAGGGAAGAAGCACCAGGCUCGAGAGGCUGAUGUGGUUCCCGAGGAUGAUGAGUUCGGGUCAUGGGUCGAUAAGCGCGAACCUCAUCACACCGAGGCCCAGAUUGCUGCUAAGGAGGCUGCUGCUAAAAAAGGAGGAAAGAAGCACCAGACUCGGGAAGCUGAUGUUCCUGAAGAUGAUGAGUUUGGAUCAUGGGUUGACAAGCGCGAGCCCCAUCACACCGAGGCUCAGAUUGCCGCUAAGGAAGCAGCUGGAAAGAAGACCGGAGCUAAGAAGAACGGCAAGAACCAUGCCCGCGAGGCUGAUGUAGUUCCUGAGGAUGAUGAAUUCGGGUCAUGGGUUAACCGACGCGAUCCUCAUCACACUGAGGCCCAGAUCGCCGCUAAGGAAGCCGCUGGAAAGAAGACAGGAGCCAAGAAGCCUAAGAACAAGUCUAACUGA